AUGUCGCCUCCGUCCGCAAUAGUGCCUGAAUACAACGGUAACGGACAUAACGAUGCACCGGCCGCUGCUACUCAUGAGCCUGGUCUUAGUGUAGGCAAGGUCAAGGAGAAGGUCAACGCUGGCAUGAAGUUUCCUGGACCACCCAAGUUCAGUGAUCCGUAUGAGGAACGCAAGUACCUGAAGCAGAGACUUGCAGCUGCUUUCCGCAUCUUCGCCAAGUAUGGCUUUGAUGAAGGUGUCGCAGGGCAUAUAACACUGCGUGAUCCCGUUGAGCCGGAUAAGUUCUGGGUGAAUCCAUUUGGCGUCCAUUUCGCUCUCAUCAAGGCUUCAGAUCUCAUUCUAGUCAACGAAGACGGGAAGGUCGUGGAUGGUGGUGAAGUGCGAUUGCUAAACACGGCGGCUUUCAUGAUUCACUCGGCCAUCCAUCAGGCGCGUCCGGAUGUCAAUGCUGCAUGUCACAGCCACAGCAUCUACGGUCGUACAUUCUGCACGCUUGGUCGCACGAUUGAGACCACCAGCCAGGAUGCGUGCGCUUUCUACAAUGAUCUUGCGCUCUACGAGUCGUUUAAUGGUAUAGUCCUUGCGGAGGAAGAAGGAAAGAACAUUGCGAAAUGUCUGGGCCAGAAGAAGGCUGCCCUACUGCAGAACCACGGUCUCCUCACUGCCGGCGAGACCGUCGAGGAAGCUGUGUUCUGGUUCUGUUCGCUGGAAAAGCUGUGUCACACUCAGCUACUCGCAGAUGCUGCCGCUGCGGGACGCGGGGGCAAGCCAAUUGAGAUCGAUGAGGAAGAUGCCAAGUAUACACACAAGGUGGUGGGGAGCAAGCAAGCCGGAUGGUUCAGUGGGAAGCCUUUGUUUGAUUUGAUCCACAAGGAGACUGGGGGCGACUACAUGGAAUAA